UUCUGAUUGGUCGACGGCAGCUUCCGGCCGCAGCGCUCUGCAUUUGAAAAGUGUUCGGUUAGGAGCAGGAGGCUCGAGCGCCAUUGUUAAAGGACGACGCUCGCGAUGUUGCUAAAGGCGAAACUCGGACAAUAACGAAGGUUUUGGUCAAGGAGUCAGGAAAUAAUAGAGGCCUUUUUGUUUUUUGUUUUCAGGAGCUCCAACAUGGCUCAGCGUGUGGCGGUGUCAGAUGGAUCACACAAGAAGACGACCAGGGUUCGGGUAGCUGUUCGCCUGCGACCUUGCAUGGGCAAAGAAGAUGAGAAAGACGAGGGACCGUGUGUACGAGGCCUGGACUCCCAGAACCUGGAGAUAGUCAACUGGAGGAACGCCACAGAAUCAGUCAAAUACCACUUUGACGCUUUUCACGGUGAGCAAACCACCCAGCAAGAGGUUUUCGUCUCAUCAGUGAAGCCCACACUGCCACACAUACUGAACGGACAGAAUGCCAGCGUUUUUGCCUAUGGACCAACAGGAGCCGGUAAGACCCACACCAUGCUGGGCUGUCCAGAGCAGCCAGGUGUCAUCCCCCGAGCCGUUCGUGCCAUCUUUAAUCUGGUCAAAGCUAAGAAGGAGGAUGAAGGAUGGGACUACAGCAUUGGCAUGUCUUAUUUAGAGAUUUACAAUGAGAAGGUGCUCGAUCUUCUCUCGCCAAGCUCCCAGGAUUUGCCCAUCAGAGAGGACAAAGACAAGAACAUCCUCAUCCCUGGCCUCACUCACACAACCAUCGACUCCUUCUCGGAUUUUGACAAACACUUUGUCCCCGCCAGCCUCAAUCGUACUACAGCUUCUACCAAACUAAACCAGCGCUCCAGCCGCAGCCACGCUAUCCUCCUCAUCAAGGUUGUCCGGACACAGCGCGCCCCUCCCCGCAGACAACAGACAGGCAAGCUGUACUUGGUAGACUUGGCCGGAUCUGAGGACAACCGUCGCACAGGAAACCAGGGCAUUCGUCUGAAGGAGAGCGGCGCCAUCAACCUGUCUCUCUUCACUCUCAGCAAAGUUGUGGACUCUCUUAACUCGGGCACUGCCAUCCGUGUGCCGUACAGAGACAGUAAACUGACGCGGCUGCUACAGGACUCGCUGGGCGGCUCGGCACACUCCGUCAUGAUCACCAAUAUCGCGCCUGAGUACAAAUACUAUUUCGAUACCUUCAGUGCACUCAACUUUGCAGCCAAAUCCAAACUCAUUGUAAACAAGCCCUUCACCCGUGAAACUGUGGCUGUGCCUGUGCUGCCAGUGAAGCGAGCCAGGGAAGACCACCAGGCACGAGGCUCUGGCACCGAGCCACAGAAGAAGAAGCAGAAAGAGGAGAGGAAAACCGAACAUGAUGGUUCCUCGCCCUCUGGACACAUUCACAGUCUCUCAGAACCGUCAGUGAUGGACAGACUAAUAGCUCUGGAGAAGCUGAUGAUGAGCUGCAAGGACAAAGACAGACUCGGCAUGCUGAAAGAUGUGGCCCAGUCUCGCAAGGAGAUCCAGGAGCUCAAAGAGAAGCAGAUGGAGUUUGAGAGCAAGGCCGUGCUGUUCAGUCGCCUGGCUGGAGAAAAGUCCAAACAAGAGCCCGCCUUCAAGAACAACGUGGCUCCUCUGCAAAGAAAACAGUCAACCGCCACAAAACCCAAUAAGCAGCAGGCUGUGGUUCAGCCUCUACAAGUGUCGCAGCUCCAGCCUCUUCAGCAGCUUGCGGUGGUCAAGAAACAGUCCGUCUGUGUCAAGAAGAAAGAGAGGAAGCUUUCAGACCAGGUUGAGCUUCCAGAUGGCAAAGAGAACAUAAUGAAUGAUGGCUGGGAGUCCCAGCUGGACACAUCGGUGCUGGAGCAGUCCAGACAGAAAAUCCUGCAGGUUCUCAAUUCGGGCUCCCUCAAAGAGCUGAAGGGUCUGCAACAGAUCGGCGACAAGAAGGCGAAGCUAAUCCUGGGCUGGAGGGAGAUCCACGGUCACUUCACAAAGUUGGAAGAUCUGGAAAAAGUCGAGAGUAUGACGGAAAAAAGAGUUUCCUCCUUCAUGAAGGCAAAUCUCCUGAGCGCCAUGGGGAAAUGAUUUUAAUUUUUAUAUAUUUUUUUUAAAUCACUGACAUGUCUGUGUAUAUACUGAGAUGCUUUUAUUCGUAAUUAUACUUGUUUUUAUGAUAUUUUUGUAGUUACUACCGUGAUCCAGCUGAUGGCGCACUCUUGCUUUUUAAUAAAUGUCUCACAUGUCAUUGAA